AUGGCAACCCGUAUUCCAAUUGCAUUCCGACGUGGUCCGCGUACGAAAAAGAAAGCAAUUGAUUUGAUAAAGAAGUGGCAUAUUUUUCGUGGUGAUAAGGUUGAAAUCAUUGCUGGACCGCAUAGAGGCACACAGGGUGAAGUUGUUAGCGUUGUGCGCAAUUUAAAUCGAGUUAUUGUAGAAAAUGUCAAAAUGACUCACCGCUACGUCAAGGCAACACCUGCCGCUGCUGGACGCUCGUACUUGUCUCCAUCACCUAUUCAUUACAGUAACGUAAAUCUAGUCGAUCCAUCCAUUGGCAAGCCUACGAGGGUUGCUAUCCGAUUUACAGAUGACGGUGAGAAGGUUCGUGUGUCCAAGAAGACGGGUACGAUCAUUCCGAAACCUGCCGUUCUUAAGGAACGUCACAAUCCACGACGAACAGAAACGGGCCCAUUUGACACGACGCCUGAGGACGUGCUGGAGCGUACCGUUGAGCCUUGGGAGGUUACUCGUUUGUAA